UUUUAUGACUAUAUUUAACUGGGGUUUUCCAGCACCUCCCCGUGGAUUACCGCAGAGUUGUUUUACUUCGCGAUGUCUGGACGGAGUUCUCACGCGCAUCCUCCGCCGACCAAAACGGUUAUUUUGUUCAGGAACGGAGACGCUUUUUAUCCCGGCCGAAAAUUUGUCAUCAAUCAACGUCAGUCAUCCACUUUUGACAGCUUUCUGAACACUGUCACGCGAGGCAUCACAGCUCACUUUGGGGCAGUGCGAAAUAUCUACACCCCCAACAAGGGUCACAGGGUGGCGAAUCUGCAGCAGCUGGUGCACGGAGAAAUAUAUGUGGCGGCCGGAGCAGAGGGACUCAAAAAGAUGGACUAUCGUCACAUAACAACACAAAAGCCUCCAAAAAAGAAAAGUGAACCGAUCCAACCUGUAGUUCACAGCAGAAUAAUUGUCCCAGCUCGAUGGAAGAGAAUCGGUAAUGAGUCGUGCAUCAUCAAUGUUUUUACCAACGGAGAUAUCUUGGUUCCUCCAACACGGGUGCUGAUUCCAAAACACACGCUGGCUAGCUGGGAAAACGUAUUGGCCUUGGUGACUGAGAGAGUUCGCCUUCGCACCGGAGCUGUGCACAGAUUGUGCCUGCUGAACGGGAGGCCUGUACGUGGAUCAUAUGAGCUACAGAACAACCACUGUUAUGUUGCUGUAGGAACAGAGAGGUUCCGGUCUUUGCCGUAUCAUCUGGCUCCAAGCAAGGGAGUGAUCUACAAUAUCACAGAUGUGGUCAACAACGGCAUUCAUCCAGUUCCAAAAAAAGAAAAACAAGAUAGAACUUUGUUCGCAAAACCAGAAGUGGACAGCGCCGGCUCCGUUUUUUACGCCAAACAGCCAGGGCAGGGCUUGAAAAUCCCAGAUCUCUUUGCUACGGCGGAAAAAAGUGUCUUCAGAGCCACCAACAAAAGGAAGGAGGCAGUAGUAGCAUCUGAAGUACUAGAAGAUGAAAAUAUGAAGGUGGAUCUUCCUAUUGAACAGAUGCAAGUAAAAGAAGUUGAGGAGGAACAAAACUUCUACAAUGACCUCAGACCAGGAAGUAAUAGCCCUGCUAAAAACUACCAUCAUGCAUCUUUUUCAACAAAGUCAUCUACGUCCGGAACACAUAUGAUUUCAGAAUAUACCUCAAUUACGAAGGAGUCAAGAGACCUCCAACCCAACAGCUAUGAAGAGAGCAGGGACCAGUCAUUAGAUCAACAACAGCCAAAAGACACCAAGGGGGAGGAGAUGUCCUCAAAGAAGUGUGGAAUACGAUCUCAUAUGUCUAAGUUUUUAAAGGAAAAGAAAAAAGUAACCCUGAACUGCGGACCUAAUGGCUUUUAACAGGAAGAUGGAUGCGUGUGUUCCCAGGGCAGAUGGCCAUGAUGCUUUGCUAUGCAUAUGGCUCACAGAUUACCACUCCAGCAGGGUGUCAGAACUGAUGAGGCAGCACUGGAGCAGAGUGUUGUGCCAUUUGCAUUUGAGCUUUACUGCUUAGCUGCAUGGAUGGCCACGCUGCUUCUCAUGCUUAAUGUCAGAGGCUGAAUCCUGAACACAAAUAUGUGUCGGAGUACAACCCUCGCGACUGCUUUCAAUACAGUUUUUCUGUAUUGUAGGAACAAGUUUUGAUGCAUCCCACUAAUUUGACUGUUAAUGCCUUUUAAAUUACAAUUAUAAAGUUUUUAAACAUUAU